UCUUCUGAGAUGUUUGGGUUUUUGUUCUUCGUGCUGAUGGCGCACACCGCUAAUGGAGAUGUGAGCUAUUCUUUUCCAGAGGAGAUGAAACGCGGAUCUGUGAUUGGAAAUAUAGCAAAAGAUCUAGGGGUUGAUGUGAACAGACUUUCAUCUGGUAAUGCUCGCAUUGACACGGAAGGAAACAGAAAACGAUACUGUGACAUUAAUUUGAACACUGGAGAACUGACCGUAGCGGAGAGAAUCGACAGAGAGGGGCUUUGUGGAAAGAAAGCUUCAUGCGUUAUGAAACAGGAGCUCGUGUUGGAAAAUCCUUUGGAACUGCAUCGCUUUAUUCUUAAUAUUCAAGAUAUAAAUGAUAAUUCACCUUUAUUCAAACAAACCUUAAUCAAUUUCGAAAUUAGCGAAUCUGCAGACAAAGGAUCUCGUUACUUAUUAGAUGAGGCCCAUGAUGCGGAUAUUGGUGUGAAUUCGGUGCAAACAUAUAUACUUCAAAACAAUGACCACUUUAUUUUAAACGUAGUUACUCGGGAAAAUGGAAGAAAAUAUGGCGAACUCAUGCUGAAUAAAGAGUUGGAUCGUGAGCAGCAGAAAGAGGUAACAUUAAUUCUCACUGCGGUAGACGGAGGGACUCCACCGAGAUCAGGUACUGUAGCCAUACACGUCACUGUGCUGGAUGCUAAUGAUAAUGCUCCAGUCUUUAGUCAGGCCGUCUAUAAAGUCAGUCUGCCUGAAAAUUCUCCUCUAGAUACUGUAGUGGAAACAGUAAUUGCAACCGAUAUUGACGAAGGACAUAAUGGAGAAGUGAUGUAUGAAUUUGGACAUCUGCCUGAAACCCACAUGAAAACAUUUUCGCUGGAUUCAUUGUCUGGUGAAAUUAAACUAACAGGUCUCCUUGAUUAUGAGGAAGAAAGCUCAAUUGAGCUGCCAAUUCAAGCUAAAGAUGGCCAAGGUUUAGCCAGUUACUCUGCUGUGGUUAUUGAUGUUGUUGAUAUCAACGAUAAUGUCCCUAUAAUUAUGAUCAAAUCUCUCAAAAUCCCUGUUCCUGAGAAUGUGUUACCCGGUACAGAGGUUGGCAUCAUUAAUGUGCAGGACAGAGACUCUGAGAAUAACGGACAGGUGCGCUGCUCCAUUCAGCAAAACGUCCCAUUUAAACUCGUACCUUCAAUCAAAAAUUAUUAUUCUCUGGUGACCACAGGUGAAUUAGACCGCGAGCUGCUCUCUGAUUAUAAUAUUACAAUUACUGCUACUGAUGAGGGCUCUCCGCCUUUAUCUUCCACUAAGAAUAUUCACCUGACUGUAGCUGACGUGAAUGAUAAUCCACCUGUAUUUCAGGAGCAGAGUUACAGAGCUCAUGUGCAAGAAAAUAACAAACCGGGCUCCACUAUUUGUUCAGUAUCAGCUACAGACCCGGACUGGAGACAGAAUGGCACUGUAGUCUAUUCUCUGUUGUCCUCUGAUCUCAGUGGCGCACCGGUGUCCUCCUUUCUAUCCAUUAACGGAGACACCGGGGUCAUUCAUGCCGUGAGGUCGUUUGAUUACGAACAGUUAAAAAGUUUCAAAGUGCUCGUGUUAGCCAGAGACAACGGUUCUCCUCCUCUGAGCAGUAACGUGACCGUGAGUGUCUUCGUAACAGAUGAGAAUGACAACUCCCCUCAUAUAUUAUACCCCUCUCCGGGAGGAAACUCCUUCAUGACCGAGAUGGUACCCAAAGCUGCGCAGGCGCGCUCCCUGGUCUCCAAGGUGAUCGCCGUGGACGCGGAUUCUGGCCAGAACGCGUGGCUCUCGUAUCACAUUAUUAAAGCGACAGAUCCGGGACUUUUCACUAUCGGUGUCCACAGCGGAGAGAUCAGGACGCAGCGGGACAUUUCUGAAUCUGACAACAUGAAACAAAACCUCAUUGUGUCCGUGAGAGAUAACGGACAGCCCUCUCUCUCAGCCACGUGCGCAUUGUAUUUACUUAUAUCAGAUAACUUGGCUGAAGUUCCAGAACUGAAAGACAUGUCUCGCGACGACAGCAGCUCCAAACUGACGUUUUAUUUGAUCAUCGCGCUGGUAUCCGUUUCCACUUUCUUCCUGACCUUCAUCAUCAUCAUCCUGGCCGUAAGGUUUUGUCGCAGGAGAAAGCCCAGACUGUUGUUUGAUGGAGCUGUAGCCAUUCCCAGUGCGUAUCUUCCUCCAAAUUACGCAGAGGUGGAGGGCGCGGGAACUCUCCGCAGCACUUACAAUUAUGACGCAUACCUGACCACGGGCUCGCGCACUAGUGACUUCAAGUUCGUCAGAUCUUAUAAUGAGGAUACACUGACUGCUGACCUGACUCUGAAAAAGACUCAAUCCGCUGUGGAUGAUCUUGAAGUACUCGAUGCUGAAAUGGUCAAUUCGUUUCAGGUAGGACUCAUAAAAUGGCUUUUUAAAAUAAUGUGUGUGUUAACAGAUUAA